AUGUCCAUCUCUCACUGCUCCCUCAGAAUCAGCCCCAUUCCUUCUGCCAAGCAGGCUGACUCUCCCACUGGCCGUGCCAAUGAACUGAUGGUGCUAGAGUUGGAACACAAUGCAUUCUUUGAGAGUCUUUUGGAAGACUCCCAUAGAGGCCCCAGAUUUCCCCAAAGCCCUUCUGAGGACUUGGAACCCCUGCUGCGCCACACCGUCCAGGUCACUGCUUGGAGGACUAGGAGUCGUGUAGAGGGCCUCUCAGCUCUGAUGGUCAAGGGCUCACACUGGUUUCUGGUGGUCUGGGAUGGCUCCACUCGCAAGCUCUACGAAAAGAAAAUCUUCGAGUACGAGACCCAGAGGCGGAGACUCUCGCCCCCGAACUCGUCUGCAUCCUCUUUCUCCUAUCGGUUCUCCGACUCAGAUUCUGCAUCUGUGGACUCGGAUAUGUACGAUCUCCCCAAGAAAGAGGACGCCUUACUUUACCAGAGCAAGGGCUAUAAUGAUGACUACUAUGAAGAGAGUUACUUGAGCACCAGGACUUACGGGGAGCCUGAGUUUGUGGGCACAUCCAAGGGCUUCCGCCAGCCCUCUGCUUCACUUUCAGACGCUGACACCUUUCACCACCAGGUUCGUGAUGACAGUCUUUUCUCUUCUGAAGAGGAGGGCAAGGAUAGGGAACGCCCCGUGUAUGGCCGGGACAGUGCCUACCAGAGCAUCGCGCACUACCGCCCCGUUUCCAACAUCUCCAGAGGCUCCCUGGGCCUGUCCUAUUAUCCCACAUCCUCCUCCACCUCUUCUGUGUCCUCAUCUUCAUCUUCCUCCCCUUUGUGGCUCACCCGCCGUGCCAUUCGGCCAGAAAAGCAGGCCCCUGGGGCUGGUCUGGGCCAGGACCGCCAGGUCCCACUCUGGGGCCAGCUGCUCCUGUUCGUGGUGUUUGCUGCCUUCCUGCUCCUUGUUUACUAUUCCAUGCAGGCUGAGGAUGGCAACCCCUUCUGGACGGAGCCCUGAGGGUCUGGCUGGCUUCAUGGCCAACUGCCUUAGGAGUGUUUGGUGGGGGUGGGGGUGGGGUUCUUCUGUGUGUUCUAGCUUGGGAGCACCCGGCCUGGCCUGGGGCAGUGCUUGCUCCCCCUGCCUUGUCCUGCCUUGUCCUGCCACGGAGGCGGCAGGCCCGGGCCCUCUGCAGCAUGGUGGGCCUGGGCUGGCCUACCUCUGGAGCCUCCUGGCCCUGCUUGCCUCUGACCCUUAGGGCCCAGGAGAGCAAGACCCUUCUCCUGGAGAGAACAUGGUUGUCGUCAUUGCAUGCCUUCUGUUUGUCGUCACCUCGUUGGGGGGAUUAACCAAAGGCCCCUCCUGACUUUGUUUUCGUGGACAUAAAAUAAAAAGACCGUUUAUUUUUAA